AUGGCAGACGAUAUACGACAAGUCCUGCAGAAGACGAUCGACACGUUCCUGGCGAACAACGACCUCGGGGUGAAGAACAAGGACCCGUCGCUGUUCUCGGCGGUCCUGACGGAGGACUGCGUGCGCACGUACCGGCCGACGUCGUUCGUCGAGCGGUACGCGCGGUUCUUCAAGCCGCGGCUGACGAACGCGGACUACGAGGCGCAGAUGCGCGUCGAGCUGCUGACGAUGGAGGCCGUGUCGCACACGGCCACCAGGACCACCAUCGACACGGCCCGGCGCCAGGCCACGCUGUGGACCGAGCAGACCGUCAGCACGACCGACGGCGCCGUCACCAAGAUCGAGCUCAUCUUCGACCUGAGCUUCUCCGAGGACGGCACCCGCGUCUCCCAGAUCUUGGUGUUCGUCGAUACGUACGAGGCCUCGAAGAUCCUGGAGAAGAUGCUGGCUGAGGCGGGCGGUGCUGGUGGUGCCCACUAA